AUUGCACAACCGGUGAACGUAACCAACUAUUUUGGGAAACGAUCCAUUAUAAAACAGCUCGGACCGACGUGUCAUAGUAUCAGUAAGACUUAAAUCGAGUUAAAUAUAAAACAGCGUAAAUUUAAUUUUUAAUUGGAAUGGAUUCUUCAGACAACCUCUGCCUAGUUUGCCACGAACUUGUGGAAGUUUACGCAAUCGGGAAAUGUGACCACCCCAUCUGCUUCAAAUGUUCAACAAGGAUGAGAGCAUUGUGCGAACAAUUUUACUGUCCAAUCUGCAGGACUGAUCUACCAGAGGUGUUCUUCCUCACAACUCGGGAGCGUUAUAAUGACAUGCCAGUGAAGAAAUUUGUCCUGAAUCGCAAGUUGAAAAUACAAUUUGAGAACAACAAUGUACGGGAUAUGUUUGAAGAAUUGCUUGAACACCGAUGUAAGCUGUGUCCCAAGAGUCAUCCAGAGAAAUCCUUCAGGGCUUUGAAAGAACACAUGAGGCGUGUUCAUACCCUUUUCUACUGUGAUCUUUGUCUUGAGCUCAAAAUAUUCACCAGUCAUAGGAAAGUUUACAAUCGUCAAGACUUGGCAAUUCAUCGACGUGUAGGUGAUAAAGAUGACAAGUCAUACAAAGGGCAUCCACUGUGUCAGUUCUGUGAGGAGCGAUUUCAGGACAAGGAUGAGCUCUACAAACAUCUCCGCAAACAACACUUUUUCUGCCACUUCUGUGAAAGCCUUGGGUCUCAGGAAUUCUAUGAUGACUAUGAGAGUUUGAAACAGCACUUCCACAAUGACCACUACCUGUGUGAAGAGGGUGAGUGUGUGAACGUCCAGUUUACAAAUGUGUUCAGGACAGACAUUGACCUUAGGUCCCACAUGGCCCAGAACCACAGCAAGGCCCAAGGCAAGGCCCAGGCUCGCCAGGAGAGGACCCUCAACAUUGACAUCAACCUUGUACCAAGACCAGGCGCCAGAGGCAACAGAGGUGGCCGUGAUGAGUAUGAAGGUCAGCGAAGGGGCGGGGCCAGGCAGUCAGGUACCACAGGUGGCCGCGAUGAAUAUGAAGGUCAGCGUAGGGGCGGGGCCAGGCAGCCAGGCAACCCAGGUGGACGUGAUGAUUAUGAUGGUCAGCGUAGGGGCGGGGCCAGGCAGCCAGGUGGUCAUGGCACUGGACCCACCAACAAGGGAGGCAACAAGUACACACCUCCAAAUGCUAGAGAGCGCAUGGACAUUGAUCGAGCAAUCCAGGCUUCUUUAAGCACCAUGUCAAAUGAAGACAUGAAGAAAGAUAAGAAACCUGUGGUGGUAGACUCAAGCUCUUCAGAUGAUGACUUCGCCCAAUCAGACAAGCACUUCCCCUCCCUCCACAGCUCAGCAGCUACUACAAGUCAGACCACUGGGACCUCUACAGUCACUGCAGCAACAUCCAACACCACCACCACUGUCACAGAAAGCUCUGCUAAUAAGCCCACCCUGGCUGACAGAUUUGCCAUGGCUUCCAACCGCACAGUACAGCAUGGAUCCAUGAACGAUUUUCCUUCCCUUAGUCAAACUAUUGUACGCCCAGAAUCUUCAACAACUCCUAGUGUUAAUAAUGGUGUUAAGGUGAAAGCAUUGGGUAAACCUCUUGCGAAGAGAGAGGAUGACUUCCCUGAAUUACCAACUGCUAAAAAGACUGUAACUCCUAGUUCAAAUACAAAUUGGACUAAACCCUCUAAACCAACUGAAGAGAAUAAACCUAAAAAUAGACGUUCUGAAAAUCCUAAAACUAAAUAUGAUGAAAAUGAUUUUCCAACUCUGGCUGCUCCUGCUAAUACAGCCAGUUUUAAAUGGUUUAAACCUAUGAAUAAACCUGUAACUUCUAAGACUAAAAACUUAAAUAAUUCAGAUGAAGCACCAUCUGGCAUUGAUAUAAGAGAUAGAUUUAGUCCUGUAAAUGUUCCAAUGGAUACCGUUGCAGAUUCUAAAGCAAAGAAUAAGAAGAAGAAAAAGAAAGAGAGAGUCAAUGAUAUAAAAGAUAACAAAGAACACUUAAAAGGUAAUGCUUCACUAGAUGAUAUAGCUAGUUUGCUGAUGCCAACAACUGUAAGCAAAGAUAAACCAGUGGAAGUGGUUGUGCAAGAGCCAAAGGUAACUGUAACUGAAAAAGUUGCCAAAAAGAAGGAAGAUAAGGUAGAAAAGAAACUUGAAAGCAAACGGAUAGAACCUAAAGUGGAAGAAGUCAAAGAGAUCAAUGACAUUGAAAAGGCAUUUAAUUAUGAAUAUGAACCACCGGCAGACUUCCCUGCUUCAAAGCCUGUGAAGUUUGGUAUUGCUGAUGAUGAGGACUUCCCUGCACUUUGUGGCGGUAAGAAACAAAAGCCUCCCCCUGGAUUCCGAGCAGGGACCAGCUCAGCUGCCCCAACUACAGCAAAACCACCUCCUGGUUUAAGUUCAGGCCAAAAUAGUUUUAGGCCCCCGCCUGGAUUCAUGUCUUCAAAACUUGAUGAAACAAAAUUUACUAGUUCAGAUCCUGCUCCUGUCACCAAUGGCUCCAGUGCUGAUCAUGACUUUUCCCAGCCAGAAGACUUUUCUUACAGAAAUCAAAUGCUUAUUGGAACAAUUCAGUCGAUUUGUGGUGAGGAUGGCAAUCAGUUCAGUGACUUCAAAAAAUUGUCUGGAGAGUUUCGUAGGGGAGACCUAGACGCUGGUCAGUAUUACAUUCAGUGUGAAAAUGUCCUGGGAAAGAAAAACUUUGGGGAAGUGUUUCCUGAAUUGCUGGCUCUCUUGCCUGACAUCCAGAAGCAGAACGAUCUACUCUCUGUACAUAUGGAAGAGAUGAAGCGUGAUGCCGGUGUGCUGAAGAUCUCUGGGAAAAGUCGGGAUAUGAAGGGUGCAUGGACCCCCAGCAACUCUGGCUUCCUGACAUGUCAGAACUGUCGCCAGGUGCUUGUACGGCGAGACUACAACAAGCACCUUGCGGGACACAGCAUACAGUCCGACUUUCCCGCACUCUCAACAGAACCUGGGUCAGGGAAUCGGGGAAUGCCCUCAGGUCGCUGGAUGAAGGCCAACCACUAGGUGACCAGUAAAGUCAAAUGUGCCAUGAUCAUGACUUCGAAUUUGGUUGAUACUUUUAUGAUCAUAUUUGCUGGAACCAUUUUUCAUUGUACAAAUUUUGCAAGUUUAUCUACUAGACUCUGCUAAGCCUAUUAGAAUGGUGGGAAGAAGAACUCAUUGUGUUAUCAAUUGAAAUUAAUUUAUUUUUGGACUGUUAUAGUGCAUACAGUCUUUUGUUUUGCAUUUAUUUUCCCCAUUUUUGAAAUGUUGUAAUUUAAUUUUAACAGAUCCACUCCUACUUUCCAUACUGUACUAGGGUUUAUAAUUUCUAGGCCAUGUGUCUCACUCGACAGCAAGCUUAAUAUUUGCAUGUCUUAAAAUUAGCUUAGUUUAUCAAAAUAUACAAUAAAAGCUUAAGAAAGUCAUGGGGAGUUGAGGCUUGUAAAUCCAGGGUCCUGAGUAGUUUUGUCUGUGUUAGAAAACUAACUUGAAGCAGGAAUUAUUAAUGCUUGGAAUUUAAGUUUGAAUAUUUUAUUGGCUUGGCUAUAUAUGUUUUUCUACAACCUGUAUCCUGGUUAUACACAUGUGUUUAGAUUGAAUUUUCUCAAUAAUAGUAUGAUAGAAAGAGACCAUCCAUAGUUUAAUAAUUAAGAAUGUAUUAUUGUAAAAAACCAAUAUUUUGGUAACCACAGUACAAUUGUACAUGUACAUGUAUGAAGUACAGAGGUACCUGUCCAGCGUUGAUACAUGUAUAUGGGUAACAUGUAAAUUGAUAAAUUUAUGUUUAAGCAUCAUUGUUUGUGUCAAUUAACAGAGAGUAGUGGUGCCUUUUCUGAUUGUUGCCAGUCUACUUACAAAGUAAUUACUCAAUAAUUAAGUGUAUUCCAGUGCUUACGGUUACGGUUUGAUUCUACAUGUUUUGUUUUGCUACAGGGAUUGUGUAUUAUAUUUUUCUACAUUGUUAAGCUGUUACAAUUGAAAUAAAAUAUAAGGAGUAAAUUUCUACCAAACAUG